UUAGUUUCUUCCACACAAGGUCUAUCUCUCGAGGAUAUAUCAACAACACUAGCUUAUAUGAUUAAGCCUCUUCUCUCAAACAAGCAUGCAUCAGAAAGGAAUGGGUAGUAUUUAAGACCUCAACUCAAAGCGACAUUGUUGUUUUAUGAAAUACCUAUUCUCUUUCUUCUGACUUGUGAUGAAUAAUACUUGACUUUCUCUUUGACUGCUAUAAUUUCAGAUCUCAUCAGUCCUUAUAUUUAAGCCUCUUCGUGAUAAUAAUGAUCCAAUAGCCCCAGUAAGAUUCCACAGAUGUCAUAAAUACUCUACUUUGACUUUGUAAAACUUUUGGAAAAUUUUCUUGCUGAUUUUUUGGUUCAUUGCUAAUUUUAAUUCUUUCUAAAUUCAGGAUUCAAAUAUGAAAAGUCUAAGGAAUUUUAGAAAAGAAAGUUUAGGAUUAGGAUAAACUCCUGAGUCUCGGCUGGGAGUAUCCUAGUAAUCGGCUAAGCAUUGCCCGACUGACUGGUUGCCAAUGUGUCUCUUUUUGUCAAAGAUUGGUAGAAUCUUCGAAAUAUUUCUCCAAUAAUUUAAAUUCGAUACUCUUCUGAUGAGAUUUUUUAUUAACAUUUGAAGGUCUAAUUUUAAGAAAAAGAUUAGGAUUUACUCUUUAUGAAGUUAAUUUGGAGUAUAGAUUAUAUAAAGAAGCCAGCACAUCUUCAAGCAUGGACUUCACCCAAUAAUAGAACAUCAACCAGGAUUGAAAAUGAUGUGGGAAGUAUUACAUCUCAGCUUAAUGAUAAGAUCAAUGUUAUAAAGAGCAUAUAUAAUAAUUCACUUUCAAAAGAUGCUAAGAAUAGUUCUGAUAUGAUAUCUAAACCCAUAGAUGCUAGUUUGGAUCCGGUCAGACAUCUCUCAGACCAAUUCAGGAAUCAUCGGAAUCUUCAACAAGUUAAAACUGUUUGUGGGGAUGGUAUCAGGCAAGAUGGCGAAGCAUGAGAUGAUGCAAACCAAGUAAGCGGAGAUGGUUGCUCUCAAGAUUGCAGCACAGUAGAGGAAAAUUGGAAUUGAAUGCCUGUUACUGAAUCCGGGCUUGGUCUGUGAAAAAUAAAUCUGAGGUAUUCUGAGCCUUCUUCCACUGUUAAACUAAUCAGUUAUCUUACUAUUUUGUGAGUAGUAAUAUCCGUGUGAUGCAACAUCAUCACUUCAUUUCUACAGUUGAGCUCUCGAGAGUCGAUCUUUACAGCAAUCAACCAAACCCAGCUGACUUUAUUGAUACUUCUAGCCCCUGUUGAGCUCCCUAUCGAAGUGGUGACUUAUUUAAAAUUACUAAAUUCUUUCUUGUUAAGUGGAGAUUUUAAAUGGAAUUUCCUCAGAAAUUUCCAGCAAGCUUCGAAGUAUGAACAGCCUAAUGAUUCAAUUUCAAGAGCCAAGGCUGUUUACAAUGAGAACUCUCUAUCACUAGUGCUAUGAAUCCUCACUUUAAUCAUGAUUGUCUCGAUCCUCAUUGUUCUGCCCUAUAACUCACUUCUUCAUAUGAAAGGAAUUGCUCCAAGAUGAAUGGAUGACAUUUUUAGUGGAUUCAGAGACAUUAAAGGCUGUCAGCUCUACCCAAUACUUUUCCUACUUCGUCGUGCAUGCUUAAGCAUUGAUACAAUAUGAUUCAAAGAAACUGAGAUGUUAGUGUUCAUUAUUAUCUUCGUGUUCAUUAAUUACCUCCAGAACCUCUACAUUAUCGUGUGGAAUCCAUUCCCAAAUAUGGUUGACAAUUUAGCAGAGAUCAUAAAUGAGAUGUUUUACAUUUGCUUUAUUGCCUUCUUACUGUUCGGGUAUAGCAAGGAAAAGUGGCCAUCAAGUGUUGUUGUAAUCUACCUUACUCUUUAA